AUGGAUCUGGCAAAGAAGGUCCAGUACUUUACGCUUGAUGUGAUCAGCGCUGUUGGGCUGGGAAAGACGUUUGGCAUGCUAAGUAGCGACAACGAUGUUGAUGACUACCUGAAGUCGACUGAGGAGGGUCUAUCUGCUAUUGCCUGGGCCGUUGCGCUGGGUAUCAGCUGGAUGGCCCAGGCACCCAUCAUCGGCAAGUUCAUUGCCCCCUCGCCUACUGACAACAACGGCUUUGGUAAGAUGAUGGCUACUUGUUUCCGCUACGUUGAUGAGCGCACUGGAAGAGAUACAGAUGAGCGGUUAGACAUGUUGGCAUCCUACAUUAAACACGGAUUGAGUGGCGAUGAGCUGAGAUCAGAGGCGCUCGAACAAGUGAUCGCAGGCUCUGACACAACUGCGGCAGCCAUUCGCGGCACCUUCUUGCAGAUCAUGACAAACAAACGCGUCUACACGAAGCUCCAACAAGAAAUCGACGAGGCUGUGCGUAACGGCGUUGCACCUCAGGCAGGCGAGGGCCUCAUUGCUGUAGCACAGGCCAAGAGGCUUCCAUACCUGCAGGCCGUUAUCCGCGAGUCGCUAAGAGUUCGGCCUCCCGUUGUGAACUAUUUCUCACGAGAUACCCCGCCUGAAGGAGACACGGUCGAGGUCAAUGGCAAAAACGUAUUCUUACCCGGCGGUGUGUGCGUGGGGUAUUCGGCGUACGCGAUGCACCGCGACGAAAAGGUGUACGGCAAGGACGCCCAAGCAUUCCGGCCCGAGAGAUGGUUUGAUCCGGAUGUCGAGAACCUUGCCUCCAUGGUCCGGACUAACGAGCUUGGCUUUGGGUACGGCAGGUUCACAUGUCUGGGGAAACCGGUAGCUCAGAUGGAAAUUUCCAAAAUCAUAUUUGAGGUGCGUGACAGCUCUCCCCUUCUCAACAUGGUUCCCCCGGCAACGGAAUUUCGCUGA